AUGUCGUCACACAUCAAGAUAGGCGUGUUUAUCCCCAACGGCGCUCAGUUCCUCGACGUGGCAUGCGUCGACUCCUUUGGCGUCAUGUCCAAAGCGUACCUUGGUGCUAUUCCUUUUCUCCCGGCCCAUGUCACGUCCCUUGCGCCAGAUGUGGCCAUUUACUACAUUAGUACUCCUGAGCAAGGGUCUGAAAUCCCACUGACCUCGGGAGCUACCAUCAAGGCUACGCACUUAUACACAGAUGACGAGGUUGCGCCGGGUCGGUUGGAUAUUGUGGUUGUUCCAGGUCCGGAUCCAGGACUGGAGUUCGCAGAGGGCGGACUCAAGUGGCUACGGGAGCAGUCGGAGGCCAAGGGAGUUGAUGUGCUGAGUAUUUGUACGGGGCUGUUUAUAUGUGCUUCUGCUGGCAUUGCCGACGGCAAAAGGGCAAGUGGACCGAGAGGAUUGCAGAGCAUGUUGAAGGAUAAGUUUCCAAAGGUGAAUCUCGUGGGAGACAAGUACCGGUGGGUGCAGGACGGUAAUUUCUGGUCAAGUGGUGGCGUCACGAAUGGCAAUGAACUGGUUGCUGCGUAUGCCCGGGCAAGCAAGCAUUGGGCUCAGCCGAUUGUUGAAACUGGCCUCAUGCUGACAGAGGUCGGUGACCGAGGUCAAUUUUAUCAAGGUAACCAGACUGGAUUCUAUCUGCGCUUUGCGUGGCAACUUGUCAAGGGAUGGUUUGUGAAUCUGACACGAGGACAGGAGACGGCCAAGGUGAAGGCGCCGUGA